CAUAGUGUUGGUAAUAAUCUAAAUUCAGUUUUACCUCAGUUAUACCAGUAUCUUAAUUUUAUGACAGUUGACUCUAGUGACGAUCACCACAUUAUAGCUAUAAACAGACAUUCACCGACUCGAG